UAGGCAACAAUUUGAAAUGAAAAACCAGUGUAUGUGGGUGUAAUGGUGAACCAUUGAUUUCCUUGUCUGGUUUUGUUGUUGUCACUGUCUCAGAAUGUCAAGAUGAUUGAUGCUUCGCGGCAAAAGUAGUCGCCUGGUGCCAGCUACAUGUAAUCCCUGUUUUGUGUGAGGGUUACACAUAACUUGUGGGUGGGAAACAAACAGUGAGCUUUCCUCAGAGCUCCCGAUCCCGCCCAAUGUGCGCACGCCGCGAACGGAGACUACUUUGUUGGUGAGUUCUUCGGAAGGUUGGUGGAAGCUGAGGUCUUCUCAUAAUCACACUUGGAGCCCUGGGGAAAGGACUUGCACAGACUCUGCCGCUGUCGCACUGGAAGCAACUUCAAGCAAGUCAUGUCAAAACAAUAACAUUGUCCAUUUUUUUAUUUUAGUUGGGACAAUCUGUAUCUUCCUUCGGUGUGCACCGUGUAUGAAAUAUGACCACGGGGUGGAAUCCCGGGGUUUUAAUUGUAGGGCUCUCUUUUGGGGGUUUCAGACUGAUCAGUCGAGGUGUGGCAUAUCUCCCGAUUCCAGAAUCUGCCCUGAGGAACACCUGGAAGUGGAGAAACAUCUGCACCUCAAUGGUUCACAGUGUGGUAACAGGCAUCUGGGCUAUCCUGUGCUUUUAUCUGCAGCCGCGGAUGGCUGAGGAUCUGAUCGGUACACACUCCCCGGCCUCUCACGGUCUCGUAGCCGUUUCCAUAGGUUAUUUCAUUCAUGAUUUUAUAGACAUGCUGUUGAACCAGAAAUUUCAACAUUCCUGGGAACUGCUUUUUCACCAUGCUGUGGUAAUCACUUGUUUUGGAAUUUCUGUGAGCCUCUUCAGCUACGUUGGGUUUGCUGUCGUAGCUUUACUGGUUGAAAUCAACUCCAUCUUCCUGCACCUGAGGCAAAUUCUUCUGAUGGCCAACAUGAACAAAACCACUUGCUUCCGCAUUAACAGCAUCAUCAAUCUGGGAACCUAUGUUAUCUUCCGUAUUAGCACGCUGGCCUGGAUGACACGCUGGCUGGUCCUAAACCGUGACAACAUCCCUUUAAUAAAUUACAGCAUCGGGAGUGUAGGAAUGGCCAUCAUGACUUUAAUGAAUAUUGUGCUUUUCUAUCGACUACUAAGAAGUGACUUUCUGAAAUCUAGCUGGGAAGGGAAGAAGGAAAAGGAGAAGUAAAAUUGAAGUGGUGUUUCCUCCCCAAAACUAGUGCUUAAUUUCUGAAGGAAGAGCUGAAAAGGGACCUUUAGCUCCUUCGAAUGUAAAUAGUCCCAUUCAGUUCAGUGUAAUUCUGGAUAACCUGAUGGGCUUAAUUGUAAAUAUAUUUUUAAAAUUUAUCUCUAAUAUUUUGAAAGGUGGUGUUUUUAAUAUAAUGAUGUUACAAGUUUUAUUAAAAAAAUGAAAAUGAUACAAAAUUUUUAAUGCUUUCUUUUCUAAACAUUUUAAACAAAUGCAGUUAAAUAUGUGACAAAAUUAAAUACCAUAAUCUUACAGUACCUCACUUCAAACUACAUUGGGCAAGUGUUAGACUAUCGGGCAAUGUUUAACUCUUGCAGUGUUUGUUGUUUAAUUUUUGCAAUUAUUGUUACCACUCCCAAAAGGAUUCAUUCUAAUCAUUCUAAAUAAUUCCAUGCUGGUUUUGAUGCUGAAAACUCGGUAAAUUAUACACAAAUGCCCGUAAUUGUCAGUUGCUCAGCUGGCCUUUCAAAUGUAUCAAUUUAAACAUAAGCAUGUCAGAUUAAUGAACUGGGAAGUGAGACAGUAGCCCAUCAAAAGUAUGCUGAUAAUAAUGAAUGAUUUGAUUACUCACGCAAAGUGCGAAAUUUGUUUACUAAACGUCUUCAUUUUAUAUAAAUGUUUGCUGAGUGUUACUUAAUUUUAUACAUAGAAAUAGCAUGUUUCAAAUAGCUAUACAGAAAUCUUGAGUGAGUGGUGUAGGAUACAAAUGAAAAUAUAAUUUCAUCUUGAAUGUACACAGCCUCAAAAGCUGUAAUAUAUUUAUAAUAUAUCAAUUUUUUAACUGAUAUAUACGUAUAUAUUUGUAACAUAUCAAUAACCACCUACACUUUCUUGACUGCCUUUGUAUUAUUUGUUUGGUUUUAAAAUAGUAAAAUAGAGCUGAGAGUAAUGACAUAAUUUUACAGAAAAUAGUCAUUUUUUUACUUUAAUGUGAAAUAAUUUUGUUGUGCACAACAUUCAUAUAUUUCUUACAGGACUAAAAUGUGAACCACUAGUUUUGAGAUCAAUCUGUGAGCUAUUUUUAAAAAUGUUUUCUAAAUUUACAAUCUGUAGAAUGUAAUCAAAAGAAUAUUAAAUCUGAACUAUUUAUUUAGUCAAA